GCUUCGGUUAACAAAAAUGGCGGAAUGGUAAGUAGAAAGUCUGUGGAUGGAUGGAUAGAAGUGUACAUUUUACAUGGAUAGCCUUGCAAAUAUCAAGACAUAUUGCAGAUGGAAUUAGAUGCAACAAAAGAACUUGAUAAUCUUUGGACUGAAGCAAGUAGAAUUUUACAUGGAAAUUCUGAAAAUGGUGGAAACAAAGCAGAAGAAAUUAGCAAUAUUAUGCACAAAGUUACUGGUCUUUUAAUCAGGACUAGUUUGGAAAGAAAAGAUGAGGAGAUAUCAUGUACUUUUUGUCAACGUAAUAAUCCAUAUAAUAAAGUUUAUAGUUGGACAGGUCAACACAGAGAAUACCUGAAGCAGAUGGCCUGUGAGCAGUUACGUUACUUCGAGCAUAUUGUCUCAGAGGCUGGGUUUUCAUUUCUAACCUGCAAGGGUGUUCUUGUUCCUUUGAUGUUGUUGCUUCUCUCAUUGAAGCCAACUGAUAAACGUAAAAUACCACCAGACAUUGAACUUUUAUAUGUUAAUAUUUUGUACCACAUUUCUAGGAGGAUUUCAAGUAAUGAACAGUUUUUAAAGUUAUUGGGUAUGGAUUUAUACACUGAGGAAAGGUUUAAAAUUCCACGGUUUACAUUUUUUGAGUUGUUAAUAUUAUACACACACAAAGCUGGAACUGUUGGUAGCCUUGCGCGAGAUGGGAUUCUAUGUUGCAUAAAAGCUACCUGUGUUGAUGCUGGUAUUAAUCAAUAUCUAUCACAAGAAUCUGCUGGAUGUGUUAUCAUUGCAGGAGGUUUAAGUGCAAGAUAUUCAUCAUUACCAACUACAUUUGAGAUCUCCUCGGAGGAUUGGCAUUGUAUUACCAAAUCAGACAUCAAUAACAUGAAGGAGUUGCAAGCAUUCUUAAAUGCACUCUCAUUUUGUUGUAAAGUAGCUGAGGCUGGUAGUCGUGCUAUUAAGAAUAGGCUUUCACUUCUCAUUCAUGAUGGGUUUUUAAAGUCAGUGCUUGCUCCAGCAUUAAAUCAGUCUUCCACUGAUGCACAAAUUGCUGUCAUGGCUUAUCUGGAUCUCUUUCUUCGUUCAAUCACUAACGAAAGAGUGAUGGAAGUUUUUUUGAGAGUGCUUUUAACAGAAGCUUAUGAUAACAAACCUCUCAUCGAUCUGUUGAUUUACCACAUUAACUCUGAAGCGGUUCAGCUGUCAAUGGUAGCCAUGCAGUUGUUCAAGACAUUGCUUGAACUGAAUUGUGAAGACAUAAUUUUCCACCUAAUUUUCAGAUACCUGUUACCAUGCCACCACAUCUUACCCAAUCAAAAACGAACUAUCAAAGAAAUGGAUUUUUACUGUAAAAGUGCCACCAUGUUUUUAUAUUUGACUCCCCCGUGUUGCAUCGAAACAAACAGAAAUCCAUUAUCUGUGGAACCGGAGGAGAGCAGUCCGUUGUUGUCUCGCAGCAGUCUCUCUGCGGGAAGUCCACACAGCGAGGUUGAUAGGAAGACCAGUAGUGCUAGUGUUAGUAGCAGCACAUCAAAAAGUAGCAACAGUAGCACGCUGUCUGAACUUCGACCGCAAGAAAUGCUCGACUUCAUGGCUUAUUUGUACGAUGCACGCGCAAUUAUAACAACAUGCAAGAAAGCCUGUCGUUGCUGGUCAGCAGUUUAUGAUGGGAUGGAUGUAGGUACGGAUAAUCCCAGACUUAGAAAUGACCGAUAUAAAUCUUUUUUAUCUCCAGUUGGCACAUCAUCCUUGAGUUCUACGUCGUAUGGAACGCCUGGUAGUUUUAUAGAGCGUACGCUGUCCAACACUUCCACUGAUUCCGAUGUAUCGUCGAGUGGGUUAGAAGUAUCCCCACAUCAAACGUAUACGACAGAUUGUUUAGGACCUUUCUUAAAUGCGCUAUUUGACAGAAUAGAAUGCAUGAUCGAAAACAACCUUUAUGUCAAUUUAUUACUGACGAGUUUAGUUACGCGGUUGGCCUGUUAUCCACAGCCUUUGUUACGAUCUUUUUUGUUAAAUGCCAACUUGGUGAUACAGCCGGGAGUGAGAUCUUUAUCUCAGAUCCUUUCUUAUAUUUCAACAUCAGCCGAUCAAUUUGUUUCUCAAUUAGACGACUACAAAUUACUCAUAAUCAAAGCGCGUCAGAAUCUAAUUCGUCGAGAAUCAAGAAGGUUUAAGCGAUUAAGUCAGGAAUUUUCUGCACCACUGUUGCCUAGAGACGGAAAAGAAGAAGUUUCUGCGUGUAGUAUAAACCUUGAUCAUAGAAGUGGAGCGUCGAAAUUCCAAAAAAAAGAAGUACAAGGAACGGAAGAGAAAUCUAUUGGCGUGGACGAACUGGUGAGUUUAACGCCCGGAAAACAUAGCGCGUCGUUUACAGGUAUCAACACAUCACAAGUAAAAGACGGUGCAAAGCGUGCGGCCACGUUUAGUGGUCACCCAGGGCAUAUAGGGAAACUACAUCCUGCAAUGCCAUGGUUUGGAGGUAAAAGUCCUUCGAGGCGACAUCGAAAAAUACCAAGUAAAAAGGAUUUAGCGGACAUGAGGAAGAAACAUCCUGUGGUUAUAAAGAACGCCAUAUAUUGUGUUGUGUUGUUAGAAGAGUUUAUGAAAGAGUUAGCUGCUGUAUCUAUCGAACAAACCUUAUUAUGACCGUGUUUAACUCUCUCUUAGAUAUUUAAAGUUAGUUAUUUUUUUAUUUGAAACUUGCACUCGUAUUUUAUUCCUCAAGAAUUUUAUUUGGUUGCUUCGAUCAAGCGUCAGCAACGUUUGUUAAAUUUUUAGGCUAUUUGAGGGGCGUUUAUUCGAGGAAGGCGUUUAUUUCACAUUUCAUAUUAUGACUAUAUACAAUGGCCACACAUGCUAAAAAUCCCAUUAACAGUUAUAGCUGGUCUCAAAUUUUGAAUAACAGUGCUAAUCGCACUACUAGUGAUUCUAAUAGUUUAUUAAGAAGGAAACUGUUUAAGUUUCAGGAAGGCGUAUAAGUUUAACAAAGCAUAAGGUAUAUCGAGUUGUCGGCCUUAUGUUAGAAAAAAGCGUCGUUACUUUAGAAUUAGUUUGGUAUAUUGAGACCAUUUUAGGCUAAUUCUCCUAAAUAUUUUUGUUAGCUUUAGUUUUUUGUACAUGUCAAUUUUAUUCCUUAAAUUUAUGUAAUUUUAAAUUUGCUUAUUUUCUUCCCUCGGACAUGCACAACAAAAUGUAGGAAAAUGAUGAAUGUUCUUUCUGCUAGAGUCGACUUAUACCAAAAAAAACUUCUCUCUUUUUUUUGCAAAGUCCUAAUAAAAAGAUUUGACAGUGUGAUCUUUAGGAAAGUUCUUUAUUUAUACUUUUACACUGGGUGUAAUUCCUCGGAAAGUAUUCGAAAGCGUCUUUUUUAAGUAUUAUUUCUUAUAUAUAUUUAUAUAGUUUUUAUAUUUUACAGAAGCCUCUCUCACAUAAUUAAAAAGGAAGUGUUUCCAAAUAUUUCAUUGGCAUUAUUUAAACUUGUUUUCAAUCUCCAUGGAAAUGUUUUCUGAUCGAAAAAGAAUCUCUGUACACACUUGAAUUGUGUAUCAUAAAGAUCUUCAAUAUAUGUCGUUGUUAUAUUUCA